AUGGUGAAGACUCUCAGCAAUCCGGCACAACGAGCAAAGGACUUGAGCUUUCCAACACAAUACUCGCAAUCAUUCUGUACCCAAAUCGUUGCCUGCCUGUGGAAGACGAAGCUAACCUACUGGCAUAGCCCCGAUUACAAUUGCGUUCGCAACGAUCAGGUGAAUCUGUUCAGCGUCUUGGGAGGUCUGUUCGCCGCCACAUUGUUUCUGGGUGUCAACAAUGCGUCCAAUGUUCAGCCCCUAGUGGCGAUUGAAAGGACGGUGUUGAUAGAGAUUCCUUAUUGCUUGAUACAAAGCAUCGUGUUCUCUUCACUCUCCUACUCAAUGAUGAGUCUAGACUGGACAUCCAAAAAAUUCUUCUACUACAUCUUCAUCAUGUACUUCACCCUCCUCUACUUCACGUACUACGGCAUGAUGCCGGUGGCCCUCACACCCAAUCACCAAAUCGUGGCGAUUGUUUCCUCUGGGUUUUAUUCCAUCUUCAACCUCUUCUCAGGUUUCAUGAAUAUCCCGGUGUGGUGGGUGUGGUACUACUGGGCCUGCCCUGUGGCGUGGACACUCUACGGGCUAAUUAUCACCCAGUUCGGAGACGUGGCUAGUAUUAUAAUCCCCUCGGACGGGUCACCUCCGAUCAUGGUGAAGGAUUACGUGGAGAAGACAUUUGGAAUGACUUCGAACAUAAUUGGGCCUUCAGUUGCCAUGCCUUUGGUGUUCACUGUGGUUUUCGCUGCUGUUCUUGCGAUUGGAAUCAAGUACAUCAAUUUUCAACAGAGAUAA